AGUGUUCAUCAACUUCUUCGCGGAGGCGCACAAUCAACUCCAUCACGUACACACACAUAUACACGUUCACGUGUACAUGUAUACACAAACGUAUUCUCCCAGCAGAAGCAGCAGCAGCGGCCCACAAUAACGUCCCGUCGAUCACGCUCGCCGGUCGUCCACGCAAUAAUAAAAUAUUACUCUGCCACUGCUGCGCGCGCGUGUGUGUGUGUGUGUGUGUGCGUGUGCUCAUCGUCGCCGCCGCCACCACCGUUGUCGUCGUUGUCGCGUCGUCGUCGUCGUCGCCGUCGUCGUCCGUCGUCGCGGUCGUCUCGCUGGACUUUACUCGCUCGACGUCAUCCCACCACUACACAUCAUCAUCCGUAACCACUACCGCCACACACAAUCGUCUCCGCUGCCGCCGCCACCGCCAAAACAACCACCACCACCACCACCGUCACCUCCACCGCCACAUCCACACCGCAACCACCACCGUCGCCACUACCGCCACCACAUUAGAUCCUCCACUGCCGUGUAAUAACCGUCAUCACACCACCAUCACACCGCUGCUUGUACCUAUCCUCUCGAAUACCCGUUGGAUGGCUAGCGGCCGCCAAACGUAACGGCAGCCGACAUUAUUGUUCCCGCCAGACCACUGUAGAGGAUAAUACCUACUACGCGACCCAUCCGGUUCCAGGUCGUUUAGGAUAAGACCGCUGCCACCAUCUCCACCACCACGCGAACCUCAUCCACAAUCAUCGCCACCGACACCGGAACCGCAAUCACUCGGUAGAUCAACUACUGCAGCAUCACUUAUAGCGUACACGCAAUCGGACGCUUACAAAACCAACAGUCAAUCAAAGUAACUCGAAUAAUCAAGGAUUACAGGGAUUUCAACGAAAGGACCAAAUGGACGCCAAAUCGAAAGAUGACUCCAAUAUCAGCCUUACAUUACGGCUAAUAAUGCAAGGAAAGGAAGUUGGUAGUAUAAUAGGAAAAAAAGGAGAAAUUGUUAAGCGGUUCAGAGAAGAGUCUGGUGCCAAAAUCAAUAUAUCUGAUGGUUCUUGUCCAGAGAGAAUAGUUACCAUAUCAGGAUCUACUGAAGCCAUCUAUAAAGCAUUUUCUUUAAUAUGCACAAAAGUUGAAGAGUUUAUUGAAAUGCAAAAUGGCAAAACUGGUGCAACAGCGAUCGGGAAAUGUGGUAUGACCCUUCGGCUGAUUGUUCCAGCAUCUCAGUGUGGAUCUUUAAUUGGAAAGGGUGGUAAUAAAAUCAAAGAAAUUAGAGAAGCUACAGGAGCACAGAUACAAGUGGCUUCAGAUGUACUUCCUCAAUCUACAGAGAGAGCGGUUACAUUAACUGGUACGAGAGAUUCAAUAACGCAGUGUAUAUUUCACAUUUGCGCAGUUAUGGUGGAAUCACCUCCUAAAGGCGUUACAAUACCGUAUCGUGCUAAACCUCAGAUGGGUGCACCAGUCAUUCUAGCCGGAGGACAAGCAUUUACUCUAGCAAGUGCAGGAUCUGCGGCGGGUUGUGAUGUAGGCACCAUGAUGGUAGGUGGUGGCCCAUACAACGCUCCAAUGCUUAUGGUUCCUCCAUCGCCUGGUGCAGCAGCAAGUCUAGGUUUAAUUGAUCCGCUGGACUAUCCCCUGCUUAAAAAUGCAUUUGGACCUUCACAAUUGGGGAAAUUGACUGGGAAUCCGUUAGCUGGUCUUGCGGCACUUGGACUUGGAAGCUUGGGAGGACCCGCAAACUCAUUUAAUCCAGCUGCAUUGGCGGCAUUAGCUGGUAGCCAGUUGAGAUCUAAUGGUUCUGGUGCCAAUAUUAACAGUAGAUCUGGAGGCGGUCAACAAACUCAUGAAAUGACUGUACCAAAUGACUUAAUUGGGUGCAUCAUUGGCAAGGGAGGUACUAAAAUCGCUGAAAUUAGGCAAAUCAGCGGAGCAAUGAUACGGAUCUCAAACUGCGAAGACCGCGAAGGAAGUGCCAGCACGGAUAGGACCAUAACGAUAACUGGAAAUCCUGACUCAGUGGCUUUAGCUCAGUACUUAAUCAACAUGAGCUUGGACAUACAACGCGCAUCGAUGUUGCAAUCGGAAAUCCAACACCACCACCAUCAUCACCUCCUUCACCAACAACAACAUCACCAACAGCAGCAACAGCAGCAGCAGCAGCAGCAACAGCAACAACAACAGCAACAGCUAGUAUUGCCGCCGCACCAGUACCCGUUCCCUGUUCACCACAUGCUCGUCACAUGCAACACCACGAACACCACCACCACCUCGGCCACGAACGUCCACCAGACCGCCAACCCAUUGCCAGCCACCCACCCACACCACCAACAGCAGUACACGACCGCCGCUGACAUAUUACCCGUCCAGCACCAUUUCCACGGCCCCGCGGUAGCCGCACUGCUAUCCCCUCAGCCGGCCGUCGCCAAACACAAAACCGACCGCAUCAAGUUCACGCCGUACUGAUAUUAUAAAAUUAAAAUAUAUACAAACAAACCUAUUUCUAACCACGGUUGCCGGUAUAUUAUGUAUUAUAACAUAUCAUAGUACACAGUAUAAAAUAUAUAGUAUAUAUCGUAACAAUAUAAUAUUCUAUAGUAACUUUUAUCCGCCAACCACAGCUACCGUCGAAAAAUUGUACCUUCACGAUAAUUUGAUUCUAAUUACGUGGACCCAUCGACGCCCACCGCGAACCACUGCACACUUAAAAAACGUUUAAACUAUUGAGUCAGUCCGAAAAUAAUGCACUAAACGAUUGCGACAACGGCAGUCAAUCACGUCACUUCAAAAAUCCCAUAACAUACUAAUCGGUUCUGAAAUCGGAUUCCUUUGGUAAAUAAUUCAAAUCAAAACUUCACUGCAGGGACCCUCGUUUAAAUAUUUUAAAUUGAUACUUAUUUGCUUUUAUAGGAACCCAUCUGAAACUGAAAAAAAUCAUAAUAUGAUAUCUAGUCUCUGUUUUGUAAUCAAUUUAUAUUGUAUAUUGAUGUGAAGGGGUGGACGGGGCCAGUUUCAAGAUACAAACGAUAUACUGUCUGAUGUUGUAUGGACUAUGGGUAUUUAUAUAUGCGCUGAGUAAAACAGGUGUUUACAGAUGCUUUGUCACUUGCGUAUCGUAUAGUUGCAUAUUAUAGAAAGAUAUGAAGAUAUCACGACCAUUGAUACGACUACUGGGAAGGAUGGUAGAGCGAUUAUCCCCCGAACAUAGAUUUAUUUUCAACAUUUUUUUUUACAUUUCUCAAAAACUUGAUGUACAAUUGUCUGUAUAAAGUAUACAGUUAAUUUUAUUAUUAAAUUAUUGUCAGCUUUUUUAAAAAUUUAACUACAUUCAACUAUGUUACAGAAAAGGUUUGAAAAUGUUACAAUCAUAGUAUGUGUGUAUGUGUGUGUGUGUGUGUGUGUGUGUGUGUGUGUGUGUGUGUGUGUGUGUGUGUGUGUGUGUGUGUGUGUGUGUGUGUGUGCUUGUUAAUUAUUUUCAUGAAAAUGGAGUGCUCAUGGGGGAAGGGAUGAUUGAAAUUCGUUGCUACGUUAUAUUUAUUAGUCAUUUUUCAAUUAUUAAAAUUUCUUUAUUAAUCAUAAAUAUUUCUAUUUAAUUUAAUUUGUUAUUAUAUUCAAAAUGUUAAGUGCCUUAUACUCAGUCGUUCAUUAAAGCGUAUUAAUUUUGUAUAAACAAUUACAGACCAAAUUUUUAACCAUACAAAUAUUUUGU